GGCUGGAGUGUGAAUGGAGCGGCCGAGCAUCCUGGCUCCUCCUCCUUCCCCCGUUGCCGGCCCCUCAUAUUUGAGCUUUGGGAAGCUGGGGGCAGCCAGGCAGCUGGGGUAAGGAGUUCAAGGCAGCGCCCACACCCGGGGGGCUCUCCGCAACCGGAUCGCCUGCCUGCUCCCCCUUUCCCGCCCUUCCUCCCACCCACUCAUUCACCCACCCACCCAGAGCUAGGACGGCAGCCCAGGAACCCGGGCCCGCCGCCUCCUCGUCGCGAUCCUGGACUUCCUCCUGUCGCAGGAGCCAGCUUCCACGUGUGUCCCAGAGCCGGCAUCUCAGCACACGCUCCGCUGUGAGCCCGGGUGUCUUCAGCAGCAGGAGCAGGCGGGGGAUCGAGGCCCCCGCAGCACCUGGGCCAAGUCCAGUGCCGAGAGUCCGCAGGAUCGCAGGAGCGGAGGGCCGUCCGGGUCCGAACCGCAGCUGAUGGGUUCCGACGUGCGGGACCUGAAUGCGCUCCUGCCCGCAGUGUCGUCGCUGGGCAGCGGCGGCGGCUGCGGACUCCCCGUGAGCGGCGCGGCGCAGUGGGCGCCGGUGCUGGACUUCGCGCCUCCGGGCGCCUCGGCUUACGGGUCGUUGGGCGGUCCCGCGCCUCCUCCCGCUCCGCCGCCGCCUCCGCCGCCACCCCACUCCUUCAUCAAACAGGAGCCCAGCUGGGGCGGCGCCGAGCCUCACGAGGAGCAAUGUCUGAGCGCCUUCACCUUGCACUUCUCUGGCCAGUUCACCGGUACAGCCGGGGCCUGUCGCUACGGACCCUUCGGUCCUCCCCCGCCCAGCCAGGCGUCCUCAGGCCAGGCCAGGAUGUUCCCCAAUGCGCCCUACCUGCCCAGCUGCCUGGAGAGCCAGCCCACUAUCCGCAACCAAGGAUACAGCACCGUCACUUUCGAUGGGGCACCCAGCUACGGGCACACGCCCUCGCACCAUGCUGCGCAGUUUCCCAACCACUCCUUCAAACACGAGGACCCCAUGAGCCAGCAGGGCUCUCUGGGCGACCAGCAGUAUUCGGUGCCACCCCCGGUGUACGGCUGCCACACCCCUUCGGACAGCUGCACUGGCAGCCAGGCCCUGCUGCUGAGGACGCCUUACAGCAGCGACAAUUUAUACCAAAUGACCUCCCAGCUUGAAUGCAUGACCUGGAAUCAGAUGAACCUAGGAGCCACCUUAAAGGGAAUGGCUGCUGGGAGUUCCAGCUCAGUGAAAUGGACAGAAGGGCAGAGCAACCACGGCACAGGGUAUGAGAGUGAGAACCACACAACCCCCAUCCUCUGUGGUGCCCAGUACAGAAUACACACCCAUGGCGUCUUCCGAGGCAUUCAGGAUGUGCGACGUGUGUCUGGAGUGGCCCCAACUCUUGUCCGGUCAGCAUCUGAGACCAGUGAGAAACGUCCUUUCAUGUGUGCCUACCCGGGCUGCAAUAAGAGAUAUUUUAAGCUGUCCCACUUACAGAUGCACAGCCGGAAGCACACUGGUGAGAAACCAUACCAGUGUGACUUCAAGGACUGCGAGAGAAGGUUUUCUCGCUCAGACCAGCUCAAAAGACACCAAAGGAGACACACAGGUGUGAAACCAUUCCAGUGUAAAACUUGUCAGCGAAAGUUUUCCCGGUCCGACCACCUGAAGACCCACACCAGGACUCAUACAGGUAAAACAAGUGAAAAGCCCUUCAGCUGUCGGUGGCACAGUUGUCAGAAAAAGUUUGCUCGGUCAGACGAAUUAGUCCGCCAUCACAACAUGCACCAGAGAAACAUGACCAAACUCCAGCUGGCGCUUUGAGGGGUCCGACCGGGGGACAAUUCAGCAUCCCAGGCAGGACAGUGUGCAAACUGCUUCCAAAUCUGAUUUUGAAAUCCCUCCCUACUCACCUACAAAACGACUUGCUGGUGGAUCGUCAUCUAACUGCCAAAACAGCACACGUGUUUGGCUAUAUCCUAUCAGGUUUGCUGGAAGGAGUCUGUGCUCCUCCUACUCUUGGCUAACUCACAGGCCUGAAAAAGUGGCUCAAGAUGUCUUUUUGAAAGCAGGUGGCCAUUUGGUCUGAGUUUUCCACUGUUAGAAGAUCCAUUGUUGCUAAUGUCCCCCUACCUCCCUCUUCUCCUUUACGAGCAUUUUCACCAGGAUUGGAGUGACUGUUCCAUUUUCCAUCAUGGGAUAUUUAUAGGCCAGGGCAUGUGUAUGUGUCUGCUAAUGUAAACUUUGUCAUGGUUCCCAUUUACUAACAGCCCUAGAAAUAAAUAAAUCAGAGGGCAAGGCACCAGGGGCAAAUAUCGCCCACAAUUCGAGAGGUCAGUCUGCAAACCUGGAAUCCUGGAAGGCAGGAAGUAAUUCUGCCAGGCGACUUUUAAAGCUCAUAGGUUUUAAAUAACCGAAUAGUGGAUUAGAACUAACCAGAACCUCUGAAUAGAAACCUGAAGGAGCCUUCCUGUUCAGCUAUUCAUUGUUAACAUUAGCACCGUGCUAAGAAAUAAUGUUUGAAGAGCAGAUUUUUUUUUUUUUUU